AAGUAUUCGUAGUUAGACAUCACUUCAAACAGUGUGCCUUCUAUAAUCGAAUCGUGCCCACCCAGUGAAAUCAAAAGUCUAUGUCCAAAAGUGACAUGCAGUAUCUACUAUGAGACAAGUGUUCUCCAACUUUACGAUAGUUAGCGAAAUAGCAGAUGAAAGUCAAGGAUGUAUGUUAGAAAAAUGGUGUUUAAACCCAUGACAUCUGAAAUCAGUAACUAACUAGUUAUUCAUUAGUUUCAAGAAAACCCUGAAUGGACCGUGAUUCGCUCAUAUUCUCCUACACGUGCUAUAAAAUGACUUACGAUUUCGAAAAUCUGACAAUUCUGUUAACAAAAAAAACACAUCUACAAACAUGAUAUACACCCAAGCGCAGAAAAGCUUGUUUUAACCAAUAAAACGAACAGUUGGCUAAUAAGUUAUAACCCCGUCUUUUCAAUCCCUAUUUCAUACAGGUUUUCCUAUUCACCUAAAACAUAGAAAGUAUGAGUGUACUUUUAAUCAUGUUGUGAUCAUACAUAAAUUUAUAAUUAAUUAUGAAAUCCAAAUUUAAUUACAUUUUCCGUGCAAAUAAUAAAACACCAAAAGAUUCUUUGAUAUGUUUGGACUAUGACUCGUAGUGUGGUCAAGGAAACGCAUGUCUCGUCUUCUCUGGGACUCGUCAGCUGAAUACUUUUUCAAUUUCAGUUAAUCCGUCAUAUCACGUGAUCAUCAUCAUCAGUCGUACUUCCUCAAAACAACAUCGAGAGAUUCUUUUAAAAACCAGUUACUAGGGAGAGCACAGUUCCUUUUUGUUGAACAAGAAAAUCUUCAGACACUUGACAGUAACUCAGAUACACAACAGCGAAUUUUUCGAUCCCACUAUAAUAAGACAAGCAAUACUGGUUAUUUGCUAUUCUGACUUUAUUAUUUAGUGCAAUUCUAGAAACUGCUGUAGUUCCGACUCAUAUUCAAGUACAUUAGAAUCUAAAAUUUAAUACAUAAAGAGCAAGCCAAAAUAUUAUGUCUACAUGAAGAAAUUAAAACACUGUGAUUUAAUCAAUUCUAAAUACUCAUUGCGUGAAUCGAGAAAGGAUCAUGUAAAUAAAUUGGAUUUUAAAAAUCAAAACUCCCAGUCUACCUCAAAUCUUAGUAGACAAAUCAAUGGGAGUAAUAGUAGCAGGAGAACAAAGUGUGUUCAUCGUGAAAAUUCUACUUCAUCUAAAAAUAUGUACAAAUUAGACCAGUCAUAUUUGAAGUCAUCUCUAAAGAAAAAUAUUGGCAGUUCGCCGUUAACUGACAACAUUUUUACAGUCAAUAUUAAGCAGCAAAACUUUUCAAAAUCAUUUGAUUAUUCACGUCGCAUUAUUUUGCCUUUUUCCGAAAGUUCAACAGAUAACAACUAUGAAUUUAUUGAUCCCACUACAUCUUCAGUUCGUUCAAACGGAUGUUCAGUUGAAAACUCAUGGUCAAAUUUAUGGCGUAGUGGCCUUCCAGAGCAAAAGUUAACUGUAUGGUUACCUAGACGGUAUACUGAACAAGGUUGCGAACAUCUUCAGUGUAGAUUGAGCAAGGCUUCGAGCAGUAUAAAACUAAAUAAAAUUAGCUUUCCUGAUAUAAAUUUCCUAGAACUGGGUAGUAAUUUGACAUUGAAGACAAUCCAAAAGCUCUCACCACAGAUGAAUAUGACAUCCAACAGUUAUUGGGCGUCGAACACUCAUUUUGCUGGUCACAAUGUUACUACCGUUAUUAAUAACAAUAAUAAUAGUAACACAAAUAAUUCCAGACUUUCUAAUAAUCUUCAUAAAAAUGGAGAUGUACACCUAAUGCACCCUGAUAAUUCAAAUAAAUUAACCAUAAUGGGGAAUUCUUAUCCUGUUAAUAGACCUCCAGAUAUCAAAGAAAAAACUUUGGCACAACUGUCUCUUAUCAGAAAAGAAGAAAACUGCACAAUAUCAAUUGAUUCUGGUACCAAUGUGAAAGGUUAUAUGGAUCCGAUGGUAGGCGCACCAAUAGAAUACUUGAAUCGUAUAAAUGAACUAUCGAAACUACAGGCGAUUACCAAACGUUGGGAACGUACUCGAUGUCGUCGUCGGAUGAAGAAAGAUAUGAGCAUUAACAAAUCAGUUGCGGAUUCAAUUAAAUAAUUAAAUAUGAUUGUGUUACAUUUUUCUACCUUUUGUAAACCGAUAUAAAUGUUUUUAGCAUCCAAAAACUGUUUUUCAUUAGUCGAUGUUUCAACUUUGAGGAUAAGAAAACAAA